CACUCCUCCUCUCCUACGUCUAGUGGUCUCGUCUUCAUCCCGGCAUGCAAGGCGCAGCAUGCAAGAUGGCUGCUUCCAUGCAUUUGAGUAUGGCUAAGUUGCCUCUACGCGUUUGUUUGCAGGGUGUGGAAUGUUUACUGAAUCCUGCGCACUUGCUUCCAUCCUCUGUCGUCGUCCCAGUGAGAACAAAAAAGCGAUAUGUUGUUCCCCCUGCUGUCAAGCAAAAUUAUACUACUCCAGAAGAGCAGCAAAAACGCUUCAGGGCUGCUGGAAUUGUGGUCCCUCAUGAACGCUUGGUACGCCCCAUAAAUAUUGCCUGCACAGCUGGGAUCUUCGAUCCAUAUGUUCCUCCAGAAGGGGAUGCCCGUGUGUCAUCUUUGUCAAAAGAGGGACUGAAGCAAAGGGCGGAGCAGUUCAGGCAGAGUGCAACUUCACAGCUGGCAAUUCGAAAGGUCAAAGAUCAUGAUCCUGACUUCAGGACCAAAACAUUUCCAGAAAAAGCCCAGGACAUCUUUAUUGAAGCUCACAAUAACUUAACAAACUUUAACAAACAGAAGCUUCACAGUCUAGUGACUGAACGCUGUUACCCGGAAUUGGUGCGAGGAAACAGAUACAAGACUAUCCGGUGGAGCUUUGUGGAAUCUUUGGCGCCCCCUAGGGUUGUUCAAGUCCGAUGCCCUGAUAUGGUGAGCAAAGGCAACCUGUAUGGGCAAGUGACAGUUCGAAUGCAUACCCGUCAGACUCUAGCUAUCUAUGACCGCUUUGGGCGGCUGAUGUAUGGUGGGGAGCAGAUACCAAAGGAUGUCCUGGAAUAUGUUGUGUUUGAGAGGCAUCUGGCCAACCCAUAUGGUCAAUGGAGAUUGCAUGGCAAGAUUAUUCCGUCUUGGGCACCACCAAAAGACCCCAUCACCAAGACUGUUAUGAUCCCAGGCUCAACUCUGGGACCUUCUCAAGAAUAUGAAGAAAUCAACUUCCCUGAAGUGGCACCAACUCAACAAGACUCAGUGGUACAAAUAAAUGUCAAAUGAAUGGCUCACAGUGAACAGAAUUCAGUAUGAGGCAAGGAGACUGCUCUUGAACUGUGUGCUGCCACCUUGGAAGCUUCUUGUAUGUUAUGCCUCUUUUCCAGUUCUCUGCGCUCACUGGAACACUUGUGCAUGUGUUUUGUGUGCAGGACUCUGGAAAAUAAAGCUUCAAGCUGUUCAAAGAUACAAGGGGCAUUCAUCAAACCACCAGAGCUCCUUUAUCUCUAAAGCUUUUUCAGUUUUCCUUGGGAGACCAAUUACGGUAUAUCUUCAAGUCCUGGUUGCAAUGGCCUGUUGUUCAUUGAUCAGUAAAGACAUACACAAGCA